AUGAGCUUCGAAGGAAAGUGGAUUUUGGAUAAAAGCGAUAACUUUGACGAGUACAUGAAGGAGGUUGGCGUCGGUCUUCUCGUUCGUAAAGCAGCCGCUCAUUUAAAAGUACAUCUGGAAAUUAAGAAGGAGGGUGACAAAUGGAUUUGUCAACAAACGUCCACUUUCAAAAAUUCCACGCUCGAAUUCAAGCUCGACGAGGAAUUCGAGGAGAACACACCAGAUGGCCGAACGGUAAAGUCGCUGAUCAAAUUCGUCGACGGAAAACUCAUCCACACACAGACGCCUAUCAAACCGGACGACAAGCCGUCGCUGAUCACCCGCUGGAUCGAGAACGACCGUCUGAUGACCACGCUCGAAUCCGGAAGCGUCGUGUGCCGUCGAGAAUACAUCCACGAGUGA